UACUUAACCUUCUCCCUCGCUCCUAACCGCUAAUCGCCAUCACUUUGCGGUACGUUCCGAUUUCUGUACACUGGGUUACGGAUUAAUGGCUCACGCGUUUAAUGCAAAAAGGCAAUUUUGUAUCAAACUCAUUGUAUCAGAAUGUUUAUAAAUUUGUCUCAUGUUUGUUGACAAGCUCGAGACAGCUCAGGAGGCUGUCGCUUUGUUUUUGUAAUACUUUUGUACAAGAAUUGUGCAGCAUAGUUGCCGGUGAAACCGAGGGUUUAAUUGAUUGUCACGUGUGCACGGUGGUAAGAACGAUGUCGGCGUCAGAAUCAUUAGCAAUCGUGCAGUCAAAGUUUGUCUCGGGCGAGACGGUCGUAACUGCCACGGAAGCAUCAUUAAUACAAGGCUGGGUGAAAUCUCCGAGGUAUAUCGCUCUUAUUUACAAAGGCAACACUCAUGCUUUAGCAAUCUUCCUUGCUGCAAAAACACCUCUGCAAGUAUACAGCGAUCUUACUCUGGAAGGAAUAUUGCCCGUCGAUCAAGAUUUCAAAUGUGGUAUAGAUACUGAUAGAGAAGCAUUGGAUGGCCAUAACGUGUACAUGAACAUUACAUCGAGAAAACUUCAUCUUAUAUUUGAGCUGAAGCUUGGAGAAGCAACCAGUUCAUUAGUAUCAGAAAUAUUUCGUGUUGUAGAAGUAUAUCAGACAGCGAAGAAUCCCGCGGCAGAGUUUUCGUGGAUCGAGAAACUAAUGAGAAGUACGAGGAACUUGGCUGGCAAAGACGGGCAGGAUGUUGCUGAACCUUUCCUCGGUGUCGAGAGUCCCGAUUUGGUGGUACCGAGACAAAUCGCGUCAGGUAGAUCGCCGGUAGCUGCGAGGGAGUCGGUGGUACGGUAUCAGAUGGCCUGCAAGGAAGAUGAUUACACAUAUAGCAAAACAUUUCGUAUACUCACUUGCACGUGGAACGUGAACGGACAGCCUGCGAACGGCAUCAGAUUGGACCAGUGGUUGAGUGCGGACGAAACGCCGCCGGAUAUAUAUGCUAUCGGGUUCCAAGAGUUGGAUCUAAGCAAGGAAGCAUUCCUGUUUCACGAAACUCCCAGAGAAGAGGAGUGGAGACAAGUUAUAGUCAAUUCGCUUCACCCUAAGGGUGUCUAUGUCCAAGUCGCUCUCGUCAGGUUAGUAGGCAUAAUGUUGCUAGUGUACGCGCUGGAACCACAUGUACCGUACAUCGAAAAUGUAUCUACCGAUACAGUGGGCACUGGCAUUAUGGGAAAGCUGGGUAAUAAGGGUGGUGUCGCGGUAAGCUGUUGCAUUCACAAUACGUCCAUCUGCUUUGUAAACGCCCACUUGGCGGCGCACUGUGAAGAAUUUGAACGACGUAAUCAGGAUUACGCUGAUAUCUGUGCACGAUUAUCCUUUACGAAAUACGUGCCGCCGAAGAGCUUUAAGGAUCAUGACCAGAUUUAUUGGUUGGGAGACUUAAAUUAUCGAAUAACGGAAAUGGAUGCUGCGAUGGCUAAGCAGUACAUUUCAGAGGGUAACUACGCUCCGGUCCUGGCGUUGGAUCAGCUUGGACAGCAACGCAAGAACGGGCGGGUGUUUCUGGGAUUUCAGGAAGCCGAGAUCGAUUUCAAACCCACGUACAAGUACGAUCCGGGCACCGACAACUGGGACUCGAGCGAGAAAUGCAGAGCUCCAGCCUGGUGCGAUCGAGUAUUGUGGAAGGGAGAUGCGAUUAAGUGCAUCAGUUACAAAAGUUACCCAGAACUCAAAAUAUCUGAUCACAAACCAGUUACUGCGAGCUUCGACUCCCAGAUACGAAUAAUAGACAUGGCGAAGUAUCGUAAAAUCCAUGAGGAAGUUAUGAAGAAGCUAGACAAGUUAGAGAACGAGUAUUUGCCACAAGUAAUGGUCGAUACCACGGACAUUAUAUUCGAUGUUUUGAAGUUCCUCGAACCUAGUAGUAAAGAACUCAUUAUUGCUAAUACAGGCCAGGUACCCGUCCAAUUUGAGUUUAUCAAGAAAUUAGACGACACAAGCUACUGCAAGGAUUGGCUGCACAUAGAACCCUACACCGGUUUCAUAGAACCAGGUGAAAAGUGUGACAUUAAACUGGAGGUAUAUGUAGAUAAAAAGUCCGCCUGUAAAUUAAAUUCUGGCGAGGAUAAGUUAUAUGACAUUUUAGUAUUGCACCUGGAGGGAGGCAAGGAUAUCUUUAUCACUGUGACAGGGACCUAUGAAAGAAGCUGUUUUGGCUCUUCCAUGGAAGCGUUGGUUCACAUAUCAGUUCCAAUUAGGGAGAUUCCCGUUGGACGAUUAAUGGAACUGGAGAACAAUAAGAAUCCGUCACAAGAACCGUACGCAGUGCCGAAGGAAGUGUGGCAUUUAGUGGACAGAUUAUACCGACACGGCAUCAAGACUCCAGGACUCUUCGAAACGCCAGGCCUACAUAUCGAGAUAAUAGCUAUUCGAGAUUGGUUGGACGAAUGGAGUCAAGAUCCAAUGCCUGGUGGUGUACACUCGGUAGCGGAGGCGUUGCUACUGCUCUUAGAAUCCACGGCCGAGCCGUUAAUACCAUAUAAUUUGCAUAAUGUGUGUCUGUCCGCGGCAACCAAUUAUUUACAGUGCAAGCAAAUUGUAAUGCAACUGCCUGAAACUAGAAGAACAGUGUUUCUGUACAUCAGUUCGUUCUUGCAAGAGCUACUGAACCAUACGCAAGACAACGAACUCGAUGCCAAAACACUCGCGACUUUGUUUGGCUCAAUAUUUUUAAGAGACCCACCGAGAAGCAGAGACGAUCGUCACCGGCAGAGAAGCCGCGUCACUCAAAUCACGUUUGACAAAAAGAAAGCGGCGUUCGUUUAUCACUUCUUGAUCAACGACCAGAGUGAUUUUAUACUUGGUCGAUAGUACGACUUUCUAAUCGUACUAUCAUCGAAUCACUCAAGCUAUUACAACACUAUACACCAAUGCUAUUUAAGAAUUUCUUAGGUUUAAAAUAGAGAAAGUCAAAUGACGCAAUACUGCUUUGAUGCUUUUUGUAAAAGUGUCGCAAAGUGAACGCUUAUAUUUUGUCGCAGCACUAUUUUGACAACUAUGUAUUUAUUCGGCAAAGUUAUAGAUAUCACUUAAACGAUUGUACUUGAAUGAAACUCGAUGAAACUUGAACUUAAAAGAUUGUAAGUAUAUUAAUUCACGGAAAAUAGAUCUUUGUACGUGCACGAUUAUUCGGGAAAUCAUUUAACUAACAAGAUUAUUUUAUAUCUUAAUUUUGGAAUGUGCAUAUGUGCACAUGAAUAUUUUUUGCAGAAUGAUGCGGAAGAAUGAAACAUACAGUCAAUUCAUAUAUUUAUCAAUGUUUUAUUUUUAAAAAACACAAUGUAAUAAAUAUUGUUUGCUUUCUUUUGUACUUCUUUUGUAAUAUGCAACAUAAUGAAAUAUAACAGACAGGUUAAUU